CGUAGCUGCGAACCGCAACAAGCCCCUCGUCAUCCCUGGCCGUGCUCCCGGUGGUCAAGGCAGCAAGAUCAUCGUCAGCAACCUGCCCACCGACGUUACGGAGGCUCAAGUCAAGGUGCGCAGCCUAACGAUAGGGAGGCUACCUCAUCUUCUUACUGACCUCCGGGCAUCCUCAUCCCCGCUGCCUUCCAGGAGCUCUUCUCCACCACCAUUGGUCCUCUGAAGCGCGUCUCCAUGAGCUACCGCGCCAAUGGCUCCUCCACUGGCCAAGUCACCAUUGAAUUCCAGCGACCUGACGACGCUGCUCGUGCCUACCAGCAGUACAACAACCGCCUCAUCGAUGGUAAGCGCGCCCUCCGCGUCGAGACGGUCGUUGACCCUGCCCGUGCCGCUGCUGCCCAAGCUGCCAUCGCUGGUCCCGCAGCCGCUGCUGGUGCUCGUGCUGGUGCUGCUGCCGCCGCCGCUGCCCCUGGUCGUGGUGGCCGUGGUGCAUCUCGUGGUCGUGGCGGGCGCGGUGCUCGAGGUGGCCGUGGCGCCGGUGGCUCUGGCGCUCGUCCCAAGAAGAGCGCCGAGGACCUGGACGCCGAGAUGGAGGGUAAGUUGCGCACAAGGGACUCAGCUCUUUUGUCAUAGAUGACCACCAGCUGACCCUGCGUCUCCUUGGCUUCGUGUAGACUACGCUUCUGGCAAGACCGAUGGUGCUGCUGCUGCCCCUGCUACGAGCAGCUAAAGCGCAAC